AGCUUGAAGUCAUUUCUUGGAGAGGAAAAGCUCAAGGAAUUUAUAAACUUUACGCUUCAUUAUAUUGCUGACUUGGAUAUCCCAAUAAAAAGGGGAACAUUUAUAGAAUUCCGAAGUGGGAUGAUCAAUGUCUCACCAAUUGGGAGGAACUGCAGCCAAGAAGAAAGGGAUGAAUUUGAAAAGUACGACAAGGUUCACAACGUACGCCCAAAAAUGGUGGCUGUGCUCCGGGAGAAGUUUGCCCACCUUAACCUGACAUUUUCAAUUGGAGGACAAAUAAGCUUUGAUGUGAGUGAUAUUAU